AUGCAAGUUUGGGCUGUCACCUUUGACGUGCGCGCGGUUGCGACCUUGAACGAAUCUUACGACCGCGCUCUCGCUCUUGUCGAUCACGAAUCACAGCAACGCAUCCAACGAUACUACCACCAAGUAGACCGGUUUCGGGGCCUGAUAGGCCGCCUGUUACCUCGUGUCCUCUUGAAGGAAAGAGGGGUACCUCCUCAUCGCAUGGCGUUCAGUAUCACUGAAACCGGGAAGCCAUUCAUUACGACGGACCAUCUUAGUCACCCCAUUGGGUAUAGCAUUACCCAUGACAGCGGGGUCAUAGCCAUGGCAUUCGCGAGCGGAGUUGACCUCCAUCCUGACCCUCCAGCAUAUAGGGUCGGCGUGGAUAUCAUGAGAUUGCAACUCCCGAAGCGGGAGACAUUCGCCGGCUUUGUGGACAUUGUAGGCGACCAGUUAACCGCCUCCGAACGAGAGCUUUUAUUGCCAUCUCCACCAUCACCGCCGUUGCCUCCGUCGGAAGCGCUCCGUCGAUUUUAUCUCAUCUGGACUUUGAAGGAAUCAUUCACUAAGGCCCUAGGGAUGGGUCUUGGGUUUGAGUUCAGAAGAAUAGAGUAUGACGUCGUCCAGGACAUCGUGCGCAUUGAUGGUGUAGUUCCCCGAGGCUGGGAGUUCAUCCGGUUCGAGGUAGAAAACAAAUUGGGAGAUGGACAGGAUUCCGAGAUGUAUGUAGGUGUAUCUGCUAGGUAUGUCGGGGAAGAUGGACAACAGCAAGAAGAAUGCAGGGUUCAGUCUCCGGAUGUGCGCUCAUGGUUGAAGGUCUACGACGCGACAGAGUUCAUCCAGCGAGCAAUCGAGGAAUUGAGUGUGGAGUAG